CUUUCACUUUCGUAAAGAAUAUGCGUAUUCUACAAUGUGCGGCUGCUUUGGCGGCUUUAAUUAUUUGUGUCCAUGCUAGGGCCACAACAUUUGCUGGCACAAAAUGGUGUGGUAACGAGAAAAUAGCAAGGAGCUUCAAUGAUCUGGGACCUCGCGUAGAAAUUGAGAAGUGCUGCCGAACUCAUCACAACUGCGAGCAAAAGAUUUUGACAAAGGAGCAAGGCUAUGGACUUAGUAACAAUGAGCCAUGUACUAUCUUCUCUUGUAGCUGUGAGGCUGCCUUUUUCAAGUGUCUUCAUGAGGUCAACAAUCCACAGUCAUCUGCUUUAGGUUUUCUAUACUUUCGGUUUACUAAUAUUUGCAUUGGGCCAGAGAAACCCACUGCAUCCUGCGACGGACAGCAGUGCCCAACUCAAUUGGACAAUUCACAAUCGGUACGCUGGCAAUUUUACGAUCUGCCAGACUACUAGUUCAUUGAAACGAGUUGAAGCUGCAGCCAAUUCCAUGAAUCAAUCUUUAAUAGAAGCAAAUCCAAUGUGAAGCAAAUAUUAAAGUACCAAAUAAACUCAUCAAAUUUAGCAAUCAAGUCUUAUCAGCAUUCAAACAGCGUCGUCGCUAAACCGAUUAGAAUUCCUAAAAACAAAUUGUGCAUCCGAAGUGGAACCCGAUACGUUGUCAUCUCAGCGAGUAGGAUCUGCAGCAGACUGCGGCAAA